AUGGCGACGACACUCCGUGUGCGGUGGGUCGCGUUCGGACUCCUCUGUCUGCUGGCCGUCGCACUGCUCGUGGACGAAGCGGACGCGUUCCGGCUGCGGGAACACGGCCAGGACGAGGGGCUGGCGGUGGUGCGGCGAAGAGUGGCACCCCGCGCCAAAGGGGACGUGCCGUGGACCAGUGUGACGCGUAAGCCAUGGACGGCGCGAGACGACACCGAUGACGACGACGAGGAGGACGAGGACGAUGAGGAAGGGGAAGACGACGAGGACGAGGAGGAAGCGGAAACCGUGGAGCAGGUCACCAUCCGGCGGGCCACCCAGGAGCGACUGCUGCGCUCCCGGCGCCUGGGUGUGAAUGGCCGUGACGGGCGGUACCAGCCGGCCGAAGGCAGGCGGAAAGCGGCCGUGCCCGACGCAGGUGACGUCGACGAUGACGAGCAAGACGACGAAGCCGAACCGAGGUCUAUUUUUAACCUGUUCGGUUUGCUUGGUUCGAAACAGCGAAAGGGUGACGAUGACGAACGGGGCACGAAAUCAACCGCCGGGGGUGAGGAUGCCGGUAACGAUGACGACGACGACGACGACGACGACGAUGAUGGUGAGGAUGAAGACGAAAAAAUCGUACCAAAGUACACAGCGAAAGUGAGCGAAAGAAGGAAACAGGCGAAAGCGAUCCGGACCCGAAAGAGCGUUCAAAGGGAAGCGCCCGAAACGAAUCAAGUGACCGAGGCGGACGAUGCCAGUUGGCUGGAUGGUUUGAAGCGUGCGUUUGAGUCAGUUGUGCAUGCCAAGGAAGACGCAGCCGAAGAUGCGGCAGAGGAGAGUGGCUUCGUUAAAUGGCUCCAAUCGCUCACGUCCCGUGUUAGUGAGGUUACGCCGCCGGACAGUGAGCCGAAGGAGAAAGAGAACCCGAUCAUUAACCUGGUCGCCGGUUGGUUACAGUCGGCCGAGGGUGGCGAUUCUCACGAGGAGAUACGCUUCCGUCCCAUCGGUUCCUAUGCCGAUGACGGCGAUGACGACGAGGGAAACGUGAACGGCAAAAGGAGGAAACCGGCCACAAAGGCGGGAAGCGAUUCGAAGCUGGUGCAGCUGCUCAAUCACAGCCCGCUCGCGUCCCUCUUCAGUGCGGAAGACCUCCCAGCGGAGACCCCGGUCGACAACGGGCCCAAGCGUCCGAAGCAACCCGCACCGGGCGUCCGUGGCCCGGCCCGCGUUGUCAAGCAGCGCAUCGCCAUCUCGCCGGAAGACUUUGAGCAGCUGCUGCUCCGAGUGCCCUCCUUCGUGCCGGACUAUUCGCAGGUGCAGGGCGAGGAAUGUCGCCGGCAGGGUGAAAUCUUCGAACGACAGCUGAGGGGUAAGCGACUGUGGGCGCUGCAGAUGAUAGACGCCAGCGCACGGUUGGCAUCCGGACUGCUCCGGGGCAAUGCGAACCAGCUCGGGGACUUUGAUCUUUGCACCGGCAUCGCCACGCGGGUGCGAGUCCGCGAGGACGAGCUGGUGCGGCUGCGGGGCAAAUACUGUCUAGCGCACGUGGACGUGGUGGCCGAGGAUGCCGAACUGCGCCUGCCGGUACAUCUGCUCCAGGGUGGUGGCUUCGUCAAGAGUACGCUAAACGAUCCGGAUCACUUUCUGCCACGCUUCACGACGAUCAACUGGGGCAUCUGUUUGCCGGCGGCGUGCUCGUUCGAGGAUGCCGGCAGCAUCGUCCAGCACUUUGUGCGCCCGUACAACUCGACCGGCAUCAAGCUGUUUCUGGAGCUGGAAGAGGCCAACUGUCACGUGCGCCAGGUGCGAUCGUGGUCACGUCUACUGAAGGACCACUGGCAGCUGGUCGCUGUGUUCGGCUUCUACACCUUCGUGGCAGUGGUAACGCUGGUGGCCACGCUGAACGACUACGAAAUCUUUAUCAAGAUUGAACCACCCUCCACACAGGACUCCCCGCUGGAUCCACCCGAGCGCCGGACCACCAACAUCUUCCACCAGACGCUGAUGGCGUUCUCGCUGAAGAAAACACUGCCCCAGCUGGUCGGGUCCGGCGCGGACGAACACCACCAUCUGCCGUGCCUGCACGGGCUGAAGGCACUGGCGAGCGGUGCGCUGUUUCUCGCCCUGCGUCUCGUGCCGCUCGGCUUCCAACCGUUCACCAACCGGAACGAGUUCACCGAGAGCUUCAACGCACCGUGGAGUGUCGCCGUUCGGCUGCUGAUGCUGUACGCGGACGUGUUUCUCGUGGUGAGCGGCUUCCUGGCCGCGUACCAUAUGGUGCGCGAGUACCGCGAGCGGGCGCGCGUUCCCUGGUUCAAGCGUAUCGCGGGCCGCUACCUCAGGCUAGCGUUUCCACUGGUGCCGGUGCUGGUGUUUUACGCCUGGGUGUGGGAACAUCUCGGCAGUGGACCGCAGUGGGGCGACGUGGUGACCAAGAACGCGAACCUCUGCAAACACGGCUACCUGAGCAACCUGCUCUUCAUGCACAACUGGUACCCCAUCGAGGAGACCUGUGCUCCCCACACCUUCCAGCUCGCGAUUGAGAUGCAGCUGAGCGUGCUGGCACCGUUCCUGAUGAUCGUGCUGGUACGCAGCCCAUUCUACGGCACGGCUGCGUACGUGCUGCUGAGCGCCCUCUCCACGGCGAUCCGGUUCGCCUCGACCACGGAGGACCGGCUCACACCGUACGUGUUUCACGGUGUGCGCCUCACCCAACUCUACCGCACGCUGAACCUUUCGUUCGCCGAAACCCUGCACCGGCUGACGCCCUACCUGGCCGGGUUCGGGCUCGGCUAUCUGCUGCAGGAGACGGGCCGACCGCGCCAGGAGCGGGGCGUGCAGUACGCCGGCUGGUGCGGGGCGGCCAUCGCUCUGCUCUGGUGCGUCUGCUUCCCGCUCGACAUCGUCCGCAAGGACUUCCGGUACGAACCGGGCGAUGCGGCCCAGUUUGCCGCCCUCGCACCCCUCUCCUGGUCGCUCGGACUCUGCUGGAUCGUCUACUACUGCGUGACGGAGCAGCAGAGCCUGCUGAACCGGCUGCUCAGCUCCCGGCCGCUGGUGUGUCUCGGUCGGCUAACCUACUCGCUGACGCUGGUACAGUUCCUGGUGUUCUUCUACUUCGCCGGCUCGACGCGCGGCAGCGAGGUGUUCAGCUUCACCGGGUACGUGAACCGCACCGAGGUUUGCUUAGCGCUUGGGGCGGCCCUCAUCCUGACCCUGCUCUUCGACCUGCCGAUUCAAAACGUCAAGCGACUGCUCGACCAAACCGGGGUGUUCGAUCGCCUGGAAGUGCCUCCGGAGAUGCCGGCCAGCGUCACGGACCCAACCGACGCACCGGCGGACGCCCAGCCUGAACCAGCUGGCGAGCCGGCAACGGCAGCACCGGCGGUGGAACAAACCGACUUUGUCAGCCCGUUUGAUGGGCAGGAGGAGGAGGAGGAGGACGACGGCAUCUGGUUGCGGAAGCGCACCACCGACACCGCCAACGAGCAGUCCACCACGGUGGAUGACUUCUGGGCGGAGGAGAGCAAAGACACGCAGGGCGUGCAGGACGAGCAGGACGUGCAGGGUGAGGGUGGUGCGCGGGAAGCAACCGCACCGGCACCGGCAGAACCCGAACGGGAGGAAGAGGUCGAAUUGGAGGAGGAAGAAGAAGAAGAGGAGGAGGCGGCGGAAGAGGAAGAGGAAGAGGAGGAGGAGGAGGAGGAGAUCGAUGAAGAGAAGGAAGUCAAGCGACGGCCAACGGACGCGAACGGUGCCAACUGGUCCCGAUUUUAG